CGAGCAUUACAAUUCAUGCACACACACAUGUCAGAUUUUGGCGCACCACGCUGAACCAGGAGAAUAUCGUUCCCCUCCUGGCACAGAACACAGACAGCCGUGUGCGUGUCUCUCUCUCUAUGUAUAUAUCGGCCAACGAGACACUCACUUUGGGCGAUGCCGCCAGUCGUGCUCCCAGACUUGGAAUCCAUGUCGGGGCCGAUGCAGGGCGCAGGGUGCGUCGGACGGGUGUCUUGGGCACGCGAGCCGGUGGCGAUCAUACGAGACACAGCAGCACGAUGAGACAUAUGGAGGCAGCAAAAGGUCUUCGCGAUAUAAAAUACAGGCAGCGAUGCUAACGCGACGGGAGAGGAGAGACAGUACAUUCGCUCAAUGUGUGUCGGCCCCCCUCCCUCUCUUUCCUUACUUCAUGUGCCGUCGGUGUCAGGUCUUCCCACAUGCCAGCGAGCGCCUCCACACCUCCUACCCGGGUGCCCAGUCGGGACACGGCCCUGACGGCAGGACAAGUCCGUCGUUGUGGCUCUGCGACGAUCCUUCAGACGCGACACUCGAACAGAGGGUAUGGCCGCCACGGUCGCCUAGCCCUAGGAAAUGACCGAUGGUGUAUUGUGUUGUGUUGUUGGGGGUUGGUUUACUGCUCGUGAUGAGGUCCUGUAGUUUGAUAGCGAUCGAUCCGCCGCCGUCGGGGGUCGCCGUGGUCGCCAGGUUCCUCACGCGCAGCCACACCUCGUCGAGGACCCCCCUCUGACGACUCACACGCCUCACACGCUUCGCACGCCGACAAAGGACAACAGGCAGCCCGAAGUGUGUGUGUCGGUGUGUAUCUCUUUUGGGUCUGGGGAAUUUCCUACCAGGUACGGGUGUGUUAGCGCUUCGAGUAUCUUGCGCUGCGCACGGGGGACGAUAUCGGCAGCUGUUGGAACGCACGCAGGCACACGAAGCAUUAAAGAUGUUGCCUGUAGGCUCUUCUCCAUCUAUCUGGGCCCUGGCGAUCUCACUGAGGUUGGUGGAGCAGAGGAUACCCUCGAGCAUCGUACGGCGCUGAUCCAACAUUGCCGCAGGCGUGAACGAGGGGAAGAACGCACAGGCUAACAAGUAGAGACAGACACAAACACCAUCACGUAGUGCGCCCGUUGGCAGGACUUUGCAGUGGCUAUUUUGCCUACCAUUGAUGAUGGCGGAGAUGGAUAUGGCUCUGAAAUUCAGAGCCGACGCACCCACCGCCAGCUGCAGAAGCGCAUGUGUGUCAUCCAUUCAGCAAUCCAUAUGUGUGUGGAUGGCUUGUGCGAGCACCAGAAUACCUGUCGCUGCGAGGUCGAAUCCAGCACCGCCACAACGAUGAAGUUCAACCCACCCUCUUCGCCCAUCAGGGCAGAGGACACCGACGCAACGAAUUCUGGCAGGCAGGACACCAUCACAAGGGAAGAGAAAUGAGAGAAAAGCGACUCGUAGUCGGCAGUGUUCCUUACCCUCCAGUUGAUCAAUCGUGCUGCGGGACGAUAGCCACACCGGCUCGGUGCUCUGCGAGACGCAAAAGGACAGUCAAGCUCUGAAAGGGUGGAUGGCGGUCGUUUCUCUCUCCUUUGUCAUCCGACCUCUUCCAGGCGCUGGAGGGUGGAUUUGAGGAUUUCCGUGGCCAGCGUGGUCUCGUAGAGCGACGCGGCAUG